GGAACUGUCAGGUGGACGGGGGUCUAUUUUAAUGAGCCAAUAGCAUCAUUGCUUUGAAUACGCAGAACUUUCACUAUUUAUCAUAAAGUGCUUUUCCUUCACAUGACCUGCAGCUAACCUGCUGGCCCGUCUGUUUUCCGCUCAUCGUCAAAGGAACGAUACGCUGCUGUGAUGUCUGAGGGACCGAGAAAGCCAAAAAGGAAAUUUGCAGCCACACGUCGACUGCUAAUAAAAGGUAAGCUGCUGAAGAAGGCAGCUUCUAUGCUGGUUGCUGAAAGUCGAGAGAAAGAACUGGAGAAAGAAAGAGUUGUGAAUGAGAGCGUUCCUCCGCUGAAGCUGUCAGGACUGUCAGUCCAGGAACUCCAGGAACUUUGCAAAGACUUACACCAGAAGCUGGAUGUCAUUGACGAGGCGCGCUACGACAUACAAAUUAAAGUCAACAAAAAUGAGAAUGAGAUUGUGUCACUGAAACAGAAGAUCAUCGAGUUGAAGGGGAUGAAGAAGCCCAGCCUGAAGAGAGUGAAGAAAACCACAGACGACAUGCUGGGCGCGUGCACGGACGCCUCCAAACUCAAGAAGGCCGACUUCAAGGCAAACCUCAAGACGGUGAAAAAAGAAGACGAUAAGAAGGAAGAAGUCACCGACUGGCGUAAGAAUGUGGAGGCCCUCUCUGGGAUGGAGGGCAGGAAGAAGCUAUUUAAUGCAGCACAAUGCAACAACGCACAUAUUAAAUAACCAGUCAUUUGCAAAUGCUAACGUUACAGAUCGCAAUCGUUGAGUGAAAUCGCAUUGUGAGCGUUUGAAAAGUUUUAAAUUUCAUGCUGAAAUGAAGCGAUUAUAACAAUCUUUAGUCGUGUUUAAAUGUAAAUUAUGAUACCGCUGCAGGAAUAAUAGCCAUGGUUUAAUGCAAACUGAGAUUGUGGUUAAAAAAAAAAAGUUUUAUGUUGUGGAAGUGCAGUAUUUGUAGUGGACAGACGAUGGUGCGUCUCCCUAUUUGUAAUAAACAUGAAACUGAAUAAAGCACCAUGACCAAAUGUU